GAUGACAAGUCGUGCCCUUUGCUGGAGAAGAUGAUAAGAAAACACUCUUUCGACCAAGAGGCAAUGCCAAUCGAGUUCGUUCGGCCGGUGCCGCCGGACAUGGUCUUCGAGUACUGGGGCAAUCGCCUGGCCAAACUUCACGACGUCAUCAGACGUCCACCACCAACAAACCCGGUGGUUUCCUGGUUUGAGAGACACAUCUCUGAACGCAACGCUCUGACUGUAGCCAUUAGUGGGCUGUUUUUGGCGGCGCUAUUUGGUUUCCUCUCAUUCAUUGUUGGUCUUCUCCAGCUCAUUCUCGCCUGGGUGGCCUGGAAGCAUCCAAAUUAA